CUUCACAAUUUAGGUUUAUUUAGAAUAAUAUUAUUUUAACCUCGCACGCUUUUCAGUAAGAACUGGUGGGAAAUGCGGGCUACAGUCUUCGUGGGUUACAUAAACAUGAGCCAACACCUAGCCGUCACCACAAUGAAGAUUAUGAAGGCAGAAAUCCAAAUUUCCACGAAGCAGAGGACUCACUUCUCCGCCCAUGUGAGCCGGCGCUGACAGCAGGGUCUGUACAGUAGUGUCACCCCUCCACCCCCCGUCCUGGCCCUCCCUCCCUCUCUGCUCUGCUGUGCUCCGCUCCCGCGUGCAGCGAUGCUGUAGAUGCGGCAGACUGGAACAGACAGACUGUUUGGUCCUGAAUGCAGCAGCCGGGGAGGAUAACAACAUCCUGACAGACACCGCCGACGACAACGAUACUUCACUCGACACUAGUCAAUACAGAGAGCUGGUAUGGACAAUAAGGCUUUGGAACCUGAGGCUGUGAGUAUCCCCAUGGAGGAGGCCAUCAUGUGUAAUGGAGGAGGCCAGCCUCAGCAACAGCAGGAAGCAGCAAUGUUGACCCACCUGAAGAAGAUUGAGAACCAGAUCACUGAAGCGCAGCGUUUCUCCCACCUACCCAAACGCUCAGCCGUGGACCUGGAGUUUGUCGACCUUUCCUACACCAUCCAGGAGGGACCAUGCUGGAGGAGGAGAGGUUUCAAAGCCUUACUGAAGUGCCUGUCUGGGAGGUUCUGCAGUCGGGAGCUGAUAGGAAUCAUGGGGCCCUCAGGGGCCGGGAAAUCCACCUUAAUGAACAUUCUGGCUGGAUACAGGGAAACAGGGAUGAAGGGUCAGAUCCUGGUAAAUGGGAAACCCAGAGACCUGAGGAAAUUCAGGAAAAUGUCCUGCUACAUCAUGCAGGAAGACAUGCUGCUGCCACACCUCACUGCACGGGAGGCCAUGAUGGUUUCAGCCAACUUAAAGCUGGGUGAAACUAUGGAUGUGAAGAAAAAACUGGUGAAUGAGAUUCUGACUGCAUUAGGGCUCCUUGACUGUGCUCACACUCGUACCAGCUCGCUGUCAGGUGGUCAGUGUAAACGAUUGGCCAUCGCCCUCGAACUGGUCAACAACCCUCCAGUCAUGUUCUUUGAUGAGCCCACCAGUGGCUUAGACAGUGCUUCAUGCUACCAGGUGGUAUCACUAAUGCGCUCUCUAGCACUGGGAGGACGGACCAUCAUCUGCACCAUUCACCAACCUAGCGCCAAACUGUUUGAGAUGUUUGACAAGCUUUACAUUCUUAGUCAGGGACAGUGUAUCUACAAAGGCACGGUUCCUUACCUCAUCCCCUAUCUGAAGACUCUGGGCCUUUAUUGUCCCACCUACCACAACCCUGCAGACUUCAUCAUUGAAGUGGCAUCAGGAGAGUAUGGAGACUUGAACCCUGUGCUGUUUGAGGCAGUCCAAGGUGGAAUGUGUGCAUUAGAAGAGAAGAAGAACCAAUGUGGUAACAAUGGCCCAUCAGUCUGUGCAACAAAGUGCCCGGUGGAUGUCGGCAUAGAAAGCCAUACUUUUGCCACAAGCACACUAACACAGUUCUGCAUCCUCUUCAAGAGAACCUUCAUAACUAUAUGUCGAGAUCAGGUUUUGACCCACCUCAGACUGAUGUCCCACAUCGCCAUAGGUGUGCUAAUAGGCUUGCUGUAUCUCAACAUCGGCAAUGAUGCCAGCAAGGUCUUUAACAACACCGGGUUCCUCUUCUUCUCUAUGCUCUUCCUCAUGUUUGGAGCGCUCAUGCCGACCGUGUUAACCUUUCCUCUGGAGAUGUCUGUGUUCCUGAGGGAGCAUCUUAACUACUGGUACAGCCUGAAAGCCUACUACCUGGCCAAGACCAUGGCUGAUAUCCCAUUCCAGGUGAUCUGCCCCAUCAUGUACUGCAGCAUAGUGUACUGGAUGACAGAGCAGCCUCCUGAGGCCAGCCGCUACCUUCUCUUCAUAGCCCUUUCCACCUGUACUGCCCUGGUAGCCCAAUCCCUGGGCCUACUGGUUGGGGCCGCCUCCACCUCACUACAGGUAGCCACAUUUGUUGGACCUGUCACAGCUAUCCCAGUGCUGCUUUUCUCUGGAUUCUUUGUGAACUUCGACACAAUCCCCAAGUAUCUGCAGUGGAGCUCCUAUGUGUCUUAUGUCAGGUAUGGCUUUGAAGGGGUGAUCCUGUCUAUCUACGGGAUGAACCGUUCAGAGCUGGAGUGUCCGGGGAAGGUGUGCAAGUUCCAACAGCCUGAAGAGGUGCUGCAGUUAUUAGAUGUGGAAGAUGCAAAGCUCUACAUAGAUUUCAUUGUCCUGGGCAUUUUCUUCAUCAUCCUACGGCUGGCUACCUACCUUGUCCUCCGCUACAAGGUCAAGUCUGAGCGAUAGGUUUUGCUUGACUCCUCUUUGAAAUCUCAAGGCCCUCCCUAAAGUCCUUUCAGACCUGGUCUCUUUUUGGUGCACAGAAAACAACCUAUCUCAUGUGGGAAUUUGUUUCAUUUUAUGCUGCUAAAAGGACAGAACAUAAAAUCUGAUCUGUUCUACUGCCAACCAAGUGUGGAGGGCAGUGACUCAUGUUGCAGAGCAGUCAUCUUAGAAAUCAGCAUAUACCUGUUUUACCUCAGACAUCAGGACUUACCUCCAGCGCACAAAGCCAGAUCAGCAGUUGAUGAGGGCAAAAAUCGACUGAGCCACUUUCAGCAGCAUGUACUGUACAUUUCAUAUCCGUGUGACACAGUAACUACAAAUUCAUGCUUAUUCUACACUGUGUUGCCAUUCUAUCAGUGUAGGGAUGUUAGGACUUUGGUCUUCUCCUUGAGAAAAGUAAACAGGGUGUUUACAUUGCUUUAUUAAAACCUAAGGACAAACGGUUGCACUAGAGAAUCAUUGUACCUGAAACACUAGUUAAAAGCAGUUUGUUUGAGCUAGUUUGUGUCUAUAUUUUUGUUGUCAUAUCACAGUUUGGAGUCCCAAAACAUUAACUUCUUGUGUCUGAAUAUCAAAUCAUUGUUAAAUAGUUAAAGAGUUAAAUAAUUUUUUUAACAUGUCGAUAGAUUAAAUUAAGAUUUAUCAUGAUAGUACUGAAAUUUGGUAUUUUUUGUACUUCUAUAAUAUAAUCGAAAAUCUUGAAAAUCUUAGUUGAAAUAAAACUUGUUCAGCCUUAAUCAUUUUAUACUGUAGCAUAUUAUCUUUAGAAUUAUAUGCUGAUGCUAUUAUAUAAAUGUAUUUAAGCAAAAUAGAUGAAUUACUGUAUCACUAUUUUUUUGUGUCCACACUGCAUCCAGUAAUGUCACAAGGACAAAACAUGCUCACGUAGUUAUGUUUGGUGCUAUCUUAAGUUUAAUUUUUGUUUGAAUUACAUGGGGGGGGUUGUUAACGUAUGCAUCUGGACUGCACAUUACAAGUAUACUGGGCACUUAGAGAACAACCAAAGACAAAUAAUUGUAACUGGAAGUAUGCUCACAUUUUACUUAAAAUGUACUGACAAUCUUUUUGUUGUUGUUGUUGUUGAUGGGUAUAUCAUGACCACUUGUAUGUUCAUUCAUUCUAUUGUGAAAGAUAUAUUUUGGUGAACAAUAAACAUUGAUCUAAUUAAA